GGAACGUCAGCCGACGGCUCGCGGAGUGAUGCAGUGAUCGCUCGCGCUGGCGCACAUGCACACUGGAAGGGACGUCACCACGGCAACGGCUCUCCGGCAGCUGCUACUCUGCGGUUUUCACCGGAGACUCCAGCGAGAGCGAGCGCAGUCAUGGUGAAGAUUGGAAGCCACGUGGGGUCCAAGCCAGAGAAGGGCCAGUCGGGGGAGGAAGGGCUAGAGUGCUCCCCGCUGCUCAUGCCUCUGGAUGUCAGUCAGCUCCAGCAGCCUGUCCCUGACAAGGUCGUUGUGAAAACCACUACGGAGUACCAGCUGCAGCAGAAGAAGAAGAAAAAGACGUGUGUUCCAGGCAUCAAGAAGCUCAACAUAAACCUGUAUGACGAGGUCUCCGAGAAGGUCAAGCUAAUGGGCCUGGUCCUUGUCACCAUGGCAUUCCUGGCUUGCCUGCUCCUGCUGGUCAUGUACAAAGCGCUCUGGUACGAACAGCUCGCCUGUCCCCAAGGAUUCGUUUUCAAGCACAAGCACUGCACUCCAGAGCCGUUGGAGGCCUACUACCCUCAGCCAGAGUCUGGCCCACGGGGCCGCCUCUAUGCAGCCAUCAGCCAUCUGAGCCAGGCUGAGAAGGCCGUCCCCAAGUUGCUGCCAUCAUCAUGGUUACCUGUCAUCAAUGCCCUGAAAGGGGCCAAGAAGAUUAAGGUGGAGUCUGGCCAUGCCCACCAGAAGGGCUCUAGUGACACAGCCCGACAUCAGCGUGACUAAGGCUACCAAAUUAUGUCAUCUCUCUGAGUGUGGCAUCUCACAGGUAAAGCAUAAAUGUGACAGGGCUUGUUGUACACUGUGUUUCACAGAGGAUGAAGGGGUCUUUAGAGGAAUGGUGUAUGUGUACGUGUCCUCAAGUUUGUAUACACUUUAACCCAGGAAUGAGUUCAACAGUCAGAAGCAUUUUAUUUGAUGUGCAUAUGGAAAUAUGCAAACUGCUCUUUAUCCUGUUUCAACUGGUUGUGUCUUUGCCCAACUUUUGACACGUGAAAUAUCUACAGAUGUGAUUAGCUAACCUUAUUUUAAAUGAAGACCUUUUCAAGAUGUAAAAAGUUUAAAAAAAAAUUUUCAAUUUUAAAGAGGGGUUUAUAACAACCAGAAAAGUACCUUACCUAACAUGAUAUGUGCACACAUGCACAUCUGUAGUUACAUUUUAAAUUAUAUAAAAGUUCUGCAUACUGAACUGUAUGGUACUACACUCAUAACGAUGUACUAAUGUGAUGUGCAGUUACAAAUAUUAUAAAGUGCUGCUAAUUUUACUGUUUUAAAUAAUACGUAAUGUCAGAACACACCUGCCACACUGCUUCCAGCGGCUUUCUGGUAGUGGUGGUAAUGGUACCUUUCCAUCCUGAGUCUUUGCAUAUCUCAGUGUCAGUGCAGAUUGGGGUCGAAGGCACAUGGUAGCUGUCACCCUGUCCUAACAUGGACUCAAAACUUUUUGUUUUUUGUUUUACUACCACCUGGGCCCCAGUUUGACACGUAUAAAGUAUAAAGAAAACUUUGCGAAAUCUUUGUCUUGCACACAAUGCUCGAUCUUCAUGUGAUUUUAGCAAAUACUCAUUCAACUAUAGUUUAAAAUAAUUAAUAUGUUUGUUAAAAUCCCCUCUAUAAAUAAGGGUCUUUUUCUCAAGUUAUGAGCACAGAUCUGAGCGCAAAGCAAGUAUCUUACAUAAGAAUUUCUGCUGGUCUGGAGUUCAUAGAAUCCAGGUCCAUUCAGUGCAGCUCCUGAAAAAUGUGCCGGCUUUUUACUCAUCAAGUUAUACUACUCCGUCUGUUCUUAUAAGUGUUUACACUGUAGAACACUGAUAAAUUUUCUAAAGAUUUCUUUUUGGUGAAAUUCAGCGAUGGUAAAAAGAAAUGUUUCACAACAUUAAUAAAUUUGGUAAUGUUAUAUUUUCUUAAAUUCCUAUUGUAGAUAAGAACCUGUUCUAACUGACUGCUGGACAUAUCUCAUUCUUUUAUUAUUUCUAUAAUAAAUCUUCACACACACGACAAUGAAAGACAAGCAGUGCUAGAUCAUGUACAUGUAACAAUGAAAUACAUUGAAAAUAUUAGAUAUUAUUAUUAAAGUGUUCAACUGAAUGUGACUGGGUUGGAAGUUAGAACACAGUAGUCGGGAAAAUAUUUAAAACUGUUGUAAUCCAUGGUGUUAUCAGUGUUAAGGAAAUAAUAUUGUCCAUAGUAAGGUGUGUUGCAGGAGUCUUGCAGUGUUUUGUGCUGAGUUAUGAAAGGGACGCGUGUUUCACUGACCCAGGUAGCUGCACUCUUAAGUAAAUAAGCUGCUUAAUUAAUUUCAUAGCUGCUUUUCAUGGACUCAUAAAUAUAGACGUGUUAAAUUCAGACCUAGCUACAUCUUAAGGAUAUGGUAAAGUACAAUGAAUUUGUUUGUUUUGUUGAGUGUGAGACAGAAAAGAAACAGAAGACGACAUAUUUUAUUAUAAACAUUUAUCAUGGCAAAACCAGUGCCACUUAAUACAAAGUUAGGAAGCUUGAAAUCACUUUAAAGCCAGUGGUGAUCAUUAGACCCACCAAUUGUAUAGGCAUGACAACUUAAAUCAAAAUUCUGAAGUGCUGUUUAAUGCAGUUUUAAACCUAUUUAAAAGGUCUUUUUUUCCUAAAUUUACAAAUUUAGCUACACUUUUCUCCGAAGGAUCUUAUGAUGAUUAACCUCUUUAUACCACUAAGUAGUGUUGUUGGGUGUUGGGUAAGUAUCUUGCUCAAGGGUAAUUCAGUGGCAGGUGGGAUUCAAACCGGGGUCUUUCAAGUAAAGGCAACAGCUUUAACCACUCCAUUACCUGACUGUAAUUGCAAAUCACAGUGAAUGUACAAGUUGAAUAAACAGUUUAGUAAAAGGUGACAUUUAAAUUUUUGAUUACUUGUAUUGUAACAUAUUGCAUGUCUGUAAUUGCCUGUAUUGAAUUUUUUUUAUUAUGAUUUUUUUAAAAUCCAAGAGUAGGUCUAGCCUUCUUUAAUAUGCAGUACUACAUGUUUGACAACCAGCUUGUAAAUGCCAUCCUAUACAUGUUCAGCAAAUUGCGGUAAAAUGUUU